GUAUCGCGAAGAAAACAUCUCUAAUCGGCAGCGGCUGCAAUAAAUAUCCGUGAAAACCCAAUUAAUUCGCAAUUAAAUCAAGCGAAAGACUUGUAACCGCGUGAGAUCCUUCGGCGCCGGUGAUAGCAUAUCAUAAAUCUUCAAGCGACCAGUGGAACAGUGCGCGCAGCCCCUAGGGCAACCGAAAAGUUAACCUCUAAAGUCCGGACCCAGCAGGCAGAUGCACCUGCCGCACUCCUUCCCUUCCCAAAUGCUAGUGAAAAACGCCUCUAACUAGUGGAUAUAUCCUGCCCAGCCAUGUCGACGACGUCGGUGGUGCAGCAGUUCGUGAACGGGCUCAAGUCCCGCAACCGGAAUGUUCAGAACAAGGCCACCCAGGACCUGCUCUUCUACGUGAAGACCGAGUUGCGCGAAAUGUCCCAGGAGGAACUGGCACAGUUCUUCGACGAGUUCGACCACCACAUCUUCACCAUGGUGAAUGCGGCGGACAUAAACGAGAAGAAGGGCGGUGCCCUGGCCAUGAAGUGCCUGAUUAACUGCGAGGGCAGCCUGACGGCCAGGAAGGGCAUUUCGCCCUAUUUGAACCGCCUGCGGGACCUGCUCCUGAUCAACGAUGUGUCCGUCAUGGAGAUUGCCGCCCGCUCUCUGGUCAAACUGGCUAACAUGCCGACUUCCAAGGGUGCCGAUUCCUUCGACUUCGACAUUAAAAAGGCCUUCGAGGUGCUUAGAGGAGAGAGACAAGAGUACCGCCGCCACGCAGCCGUCUUUAUUCUUCGUGAGCUGGCCAUCGCCCUGCCGACUUACUUCUACCAGCACAUCCUCACAUUCUUCGAGGUCAUCUUUAACGCCAUCUUCGAUCCGAAACCUGCCAUUCGUGAGUCCGCAGGGGAGGCUUUAAGGGCUGCUUUAAUUGUCACUGCCCAGCGAGAGAGCACAAAACAAUCCAGUGAACCACAGUGGUACCGGAUCUGCUAUGACGAGGCCAAUGCCAGUUUCAGUGCGGAUCUCACCGCUGGCAAGGAGCAGAAGGGCGUGUACAGAGACGAUCGCAUUCACGGCGGCCUUAUCGUCUUCAACGAGCUGUUUCGCUGUGCAAAUGCCACCUGGGAGCGGCGCUACACGUCGCUUAAGACGCUUUUCCCCAAAGCACAGCACAACAAGUUCCUGGAGGCCAGCAGCACGUCGGGAAUGGGCUCCCAGCUGAAUACCCUAGUGCCGCGACUUAAGGUGCCCUUCAUCGACAAGCUGGGCAGCACCCAUACGCAUUUGGGCGAUGCAGAACAUCACAACGGCGUGGCCAAGUUCGCGAGCCAUAACGUAUUGGAGUCUGCCUACGCUCACGAGAUACUUCAGGAGCACUACACUACCAUUUGCGACAAUGUCUUGGAGCAGCGUUCUUUAAAGUCACCCUAUGUCCAGCAGGCUCUGCUGCAAAUCCUUCCUCGACUGGCUGCGUUUAACCGCGAAGUGUUCGUGGAAAAGUACCUACAAACUUGCGUGUCGCACUUAAUGCUAAUCCUGCGGGGCAAGGAUAAGGAUCGUACGGUCGCCUACAUUACCAUCGGUUACAUGGCAGUGGCCGUUCAAAGUGCAAUCGAGGUUCAUCUAUCCGCGAUCAUGGGCAGCGUGAAGGUCGCGCUGCCAGCGAAGGACUUGACCAGUAAACGAAAGGUGCCAGUGGACCCUGCAGUCUUUGCCUGCAUAACGCUUCUUGCACAUGCCGUUAAGUCGGAGAUAGCCGAAGAUGUUAAGGAUAUACUUGAGCAGAUGUUCUACACGGGACUCUCACCAGCUUUAACCGUUUGCCUGAGAGAACUUUCUGAGAACGUGCCGCAGUUAAAGUCCGCCAUCACAGAAGGCUUGAUUGGAAUUCUAUCUCAGGUCCUAAUGAACAAGGCAGCUGCCGUUCCAUAUACUGCUCUGCCUCCGAUCGCGAUCGAUGCAUCGCUGAUGCAAAACGCAGACGGAGCCACCACAGUACUGGCUCUAAAAACACUGGGGACAUUUAACUUUGAGGAGCAGAAUAUGUUGGACUUCGUGCAACGUUGUGCCGAUUACUUCAUCGUUCAUGAACAGCAGGAGAUACGUCUGGAGGCGGUGCAAACCUGCACGCGACUCCUGAAACUGGCAGUGCAAUCCUCUGAAAGUAUGGAAAAUUCCAAGACCCUUAGCGACACCGUAUCUCACGUGAUUGAGCGCCUGCUGAUGGUGGCCAUAACGGACAUGGACUGCAAUGUGCGGAUACGUAUCCUCCGCUCGCUGGACGAGACCUUUGAUGCAAAACUCGCACAGCCUGAGUCUCUAAACUCACUUUUUAUUACCCUACAUGACGAGAUCUUUGAGAUACGGGAGCUGGCGAUGGUCACCAUUGGAAGAUUGUCCUCCAUGAACCCGGCCUAUGUGAUGCCCAAGCUAAGAACCACCAUGAUCGAGUUGAUUACGGAUUUGAAGUACUCGGGAAUGAGUAGGAACAAGGAGCAGAGCGCUAAGAUGCUAGACCAUCUGGUGAUAAGCACGCCUAGGCUGAUAUCCUCAUACAUGAAUCCGAUCCUAAAGGCCCUAGUGCCCAAACUUCAUGAGCCGGAAUCGAAUCCGGGGGUAAUUCUAAAUGUGCUUCGCACCAUAGGUGACCUGGCAGAGGUGAAUGGAGGUUCCGAUGAAAUGGAACUGUGGGCAGAUGACCUUCUAUCCAUUUUACUCGAGAUGCUCGGGGAUGCUGGUAGCCCGGAUAAGCGAGGAGUGGCUCUGUGGACCUUGGGACAACUAAUUAGUGCAACGGGCAGGGUUGUUAGCCCGUACCACAAGUACCCCGUGCUUAUCGACAUAUUGAUCAACUUUCUCAAAACGGAACAGCGUCGCUCUAUUCGACGGGAAACGAUCCGUGUGCUAGGCCUAUUGGGAGCCAUGGAUCCUUACAAGCACAAAAUGAACAAGGGCUUGAUUGACAGCCAAAAGGAUAAUGUUCUGAUAGCAUACUCUGAUGGCAAAGUAGACGAGAGUCAGGACAUCUCCACCGCAGAACUACUGGUCAAUAUGGGUAAUGCUUUGGACGAGUAUUACCCAGCAGUGGCCAUAGCUGCCUUGAUGCGGAUCCUUCGGGAUCCCACUCUGAGUACUCGGCAUACAAGUGUGGUGCAGGCUGUGACCUUCAUCUUCCAGAGCCUCGGCAUCAAAUGCGUGCCGUACUUGGCCCAAGUGCUUCCUAAUUUGCUGGAUAACGUACGUACCGCGGAUAACAAUCUUAGGGAGUUUCUGUUUCAGCAGCUUGCCAUUCUAGUUGCCUUUGUGAAGCUGCACAUUAUCAGCUACAUGGGCGAAAUUUUCAAGUUGAUCAAAGAGUUUUGGACCAUUAACACACCCUUGCAAAACACUUUAAUUAAUUUGAUCGAACAAAUUGCCGUGGCUUUGGGCUGCGAGUUCAGGGAUUAUUUAGCGGAGCUGAUCCCUCAGAUUCUAAGGGUGCUUCAGCAUGAUAACUCGAAAGAUAGAAUGGUCACCAGACGAUUGCUCCAAGCUCUACAAAAGUUUGGAAGCACUUUGGGUUACUAUCUACCGCUGAUUAUUCCGCCCAUAGUGAAACUCUUCGACUCUCCGUACGUACCGCAACAGGUGUCAAUGGUGGCACUAGAAACUAUCAACAACCUGGCUUGCCAGCUGGACUUCACCGACUUUUCCUCGCGCAUUAUUCAUCCACUGGUUCGAGUGCUGGACGCUGAACCGGAGCUGCGGGACCAAGCGAUGAUCACGCUCCGCUCGCUGGUCAAACAACUGGGCAAGAAGUACCUGGUGUUCGUUCCCAUGGUGCAGCGUACUCUAACCAAGCACCGCAUUGCGGAUCCGGAAUACGAGAAGCUACUUAGUAGCAUCCAAUCCAACAGCACUCUGGCAGACUGCUCUGGAGCGGGAGAGUCAGGACUGCGCACGGCCAAGAUCAAGAACAACGAGCCCUUCGUGACUGACAGGAAUAGCAAUAACAAAAAUUUGCAGGUUACCACAAACGAACUGCGAAUGGCGUGGCAGGUUACUCGGCGCGUCUCCAAAGACGAUUGGGUGGAGUGGCUGAAGCGGCUGUCCAUUGGCCUGCUAAAGGAAUCGCCCUCGCACGCGUUAAGAGCCUGCCGGUCGUUGGCCCAGGAAUAUGACACUCUACUGCGAGACCUCUUUAACGCCGCAUUUAUCUCCUGUUGGACGGAGCUCUCGCCGGAUCUAAAAUCGGAGCUAACACAGUCGCUGAUCCAAGCCCUGCAAGUUACCGACAUGCCGGAGAUCACACAGACGAUUCUAAACCUAGCUGAGUUCAUGGAGCAUUGCGAUCGUGACCCAAUACCAAUAGAGACUAAGCUGUUGGGAACUCGGGCGAUGGCCUGCAGAGCUUACGCCAAAGCUUUGCGAUACAAGGAAGAAGAGUUUCUUCUGCGGGAGGAUCCGCAGGUUUUUGAGUCCUUGAUUCUGAUUAACAACAAGUUGCAGCAAAGGGAAGCGGCAGAGGGUUUGCUUACAACCUAUCGCAAUGCAGCCAACGAGCUAAACGUUCAAGGAAGAUGGUAUGAAAAACUUCAUAACUGGGAUCAGGCUCUGGAGCAUUACGAAAGGAACCUAGAGACUGAUUCCUCGGACCUGGAGGCCCGCCUCGGUCACAUGCGCUGCUUGGAGGCGCUAGGAGACUGGUCUGAGCUGAGCAAUGUCACCAAGCACGAGUGGGAAAACUUCGGUACGGAGGCGAAGUCAAGAGCGAGUCCCUUGGCUGCAGUGGCUGCCUGGGGUCUGCAGGAUUGGGAGGCGAUGCGAGAGUAUGUGAGAUGCAUACCGGAGGACACUCAGGAUGGAAGCUACUAUCGUGCAGUUCUAGCGGUGCAUCAUGACGACUUUGAAACCGCCCAGCGCCUUAUUGACGAAACCAGGGAUCUCCUGGACACGGAGCUCACAUCAAUGGCGGGCGAGUCCUAUGAAAGAGCUUACGGAGCCAUGGUGUGUGUUCAAAUGCUGGCGGAACUGGAGGAGGUCAUCCAAUACAAACUGAUCCCAGAGAGAAGAGAGCCCUUAAAGACCAUGUGGUGGAAGCGCCUUCAAGGAGGACAACGCCUAGUAGAGGACUGGCGAAGGAUCAUUCAGGUGCACUCGUUGGUGGUAAAACCGCAUGACGACAUACACACCUGGUUGAAAUACGCAAGUUUGUGCAGAAAGAGCGGUUCCCUGCACUUGUCCCACAAAACUCUUGUGAUGCUACUUGGCACCGAUCCCAAAGAGAAUCCGAAGCAACCACUUCCGUACAAUCAACCCCAAGUGACUUAUGCAUAUACCAAGUACAUGGCUGCCAACAAUCAGUUGCAGGACGCCUACAACCAGUUGAGACACUUUGUAAACACGUAUAGUCAGGAGCUGAGCUGUUUGCCACCGGAAGCGCUAAAGCAGCAAGAUCAGCGGUUAAUGGCCCGUUGCUACCUACGCCUGGCCACCUGGCAAAAUAAGCUGCAGGAUAGUCUCGGACCGGAGGCGAUUCCAGGGGCCCUCGAGUGCUUUGAGAAGGCCACCAGCUACGAUCCGAAUUGGUACAAGGCCUGGCACCUGUGGGCGUACAUGAACUUUAAGGUGGUACAGGCACAGAAAUCGGCACUGGACAAACAACAGCCCUCGGGCGUCAGCAUGGGAAUGGCAAUGGGCAUGGGUCUUGACAGUGAUCUGCUAAUUAUUCAGCAAUAUGCAGUUCCAGCGGUUCAGGGCUUUUUCCGAUCAAUCAGCCUAAUCAAGGGUAACUCACUGCAGGAUACGCUACGCCUCUUGACCCUUUGGUUCGACUACGGAAACCAUGCGGAGGUGUACGAGGCGCUGCUUUCUGGAAUGAAGCUGAUCGAAAUCAACACCUGGUUACAAGUAAUCCCGCAGCUAAUUGCCCGCAUUGACACCCACCGCCAGUUGGUGGGGCAGCUGAUCCACCAGCUGCUAAUGGACAUAGGCAAGAAUCACCCACAGGCGCUAGUCUAUCCUCUAACAGUGGCUUCCAAGUCAGCGUCGUUAGCGCGCAGGAAUGCCGCCUUUAAGAUUCUGGACUCGAUGAGAAAACACUCCCCCACUUUGGUGGAGCAGGCGGUCAUGUGCAGCGAGGAGCUCAUCCGAGUUGCGAUCCUCUGGCACGAACAGUGGCACGAAGGAUUGGAGGAGGCCUCUCGACUGUACUUUGGAGAUCGCAACGUAAAAGGCAUGUUUGAGAUCUUGGAGCCAUUGCAUGCCAUGCUGGAGAGGGGACCGCAAACGCUCAAGGAGACAUCCUUCUCGCAGGCCUAUGGACGAGAGCUGACGGAAGCCUACGAAUGGUCGCAGCGGUAUAAGACAUCCGCGGUGGUGAUGGAUCUGGAUCGAGCCUGGGACAUCUACUACCACGUCUUCCAGAAGAUCUCGCGCCAGCUGCCACAGCUUACCUCCCUGGAGUUACCGUACGUCUCCCCCAAACUGAUGACCUGCAAAGACCUUGAGUUGGCCGUUCCCGGGUCCUACAAUCCGGGCCAGGAGCUCAUACGGAUUAGCAUCAUCAAAACAAACCUUCAGGUGAUUACAUCCAAGCAGCGCCCGCGAAAGUUAUGCAUACGUGGCUCCAACGGCAAGGACUACAUGUACCUGCUAAAGGGCCACGAGGAUCUGCGUCAGGACGAGCGCGUGAUGCAGCUAUUCUCGUUAGUAAACACAUUAUUACUGGACGAUCCGGAUACGUUCCGGCGAAAUCUUGCUAUCCAGCGGUACGCGGUGAUCCCGCUCAGCACCAACUCUGGCCUGAUUGGGUGGGUACCUCACUGCGAUACCCUCCACACCCUGAUCCGCGACUACCGGGACAAGAAGAAGGUGCCACUCAACCAGGAACACCGCACCAUGCUCAACUUCGCUCCGGAUUACGAUCAUCUCACACUGAUGCAGAAGGUUGAAGUGUUCGAGCAUGCGUUGGGUCAAACGCAAGGCGACGACCUAGCUAAGUUGCUGUGGCUCAAGUCUCCUUCCUCGGAACUGUGGUUUGAGCGGAGAAACAACUACACCCGCUCCCUGGCGGUCAUGUCUAUGGUGGGCUACAUCCUCGGUCUGGGCGAUCGUCAUCCGUCGAACCUUAUGCUGGACCGAAUGAGCGGCAAGAUCUUGCACAUCGACUUUGGAGACUGUUUUGAGGUGGCCAUGACGCGCGAAAAGUUUCCCGAAAAGAUACCCUUCCGUCUCACCCGGAUGCUAAUCAAGGCCAUGGAGGUCACUGGCAUCGAGGGCACGUACAGACGCACCUGCGAGAGCGUGAUGCUGGUGCUCCGCCGAAACAAGGAUUCCUUGAUGGCCGUGUUGGAGGCCUUCGUGUAUGACCCUCUGCUCAAUUGGCGACUGUUGGAUGUGGACAAGAAAGGUAACGAUGCGGCGGCUGGGGCGGGAGCUCCAGGCGGAAGGGGCGGAUCCGGGAUGCAGGACAGCCUUAGUAACUCCGUGGAGGACUCCCUGCCGAUGGCUAAGUCGAAGCCCUACGACCCUACGCUGCAGCAAGGCGGCCUGCACAACAACGUGGCCGACGAGACAAACAGCAAGGCCAGCCAGGUGAUCAAGCGGGUCAAGUGCAAGCUUACCGGCACCGAUUUCCAGACGAAGGAGAGCGUCAACGAGCAGCAGCAGGUGGAGCUGCUCAUCCAGCAGGCGACCAACAACGAGAACCUCUGUCAGUGCUACAUUGGCUGGUGUCCGUUCUGGUAGGUCCAGAGGUCCUGCAGAGAUCCGAUACGACAACCGGCAACUGACUGAGCGAGAUUACGAAAACUACUACCACUAACUGAAUUGUGCGCAUACAUCUCUUAAGAUGUGACUUCAAUUAGACUAAGUAUAUAAUAUUUUUAUAAUUUAUGUUAGAAAUACGCUUUAUUAUCUUUUAUUUGUGAAUACUAUUGGAAGCUGGUUCCAAUUUUGUAAAAAUUAUAAAAACCCGUGAAACAAUCAA